AUGGACGUCCACCCCAAGGACGUCUGCGGCGUCUGUGGAGAACGUUUGGAGACUGAGGACAGCUUUCAAGUUCACGUGAAGACACACAUGAAAGCUGAUAUCUGCAGCGUUUGUGGGAAGUGUUUCGGUGGAUCCAAGUCUCUGGCAAAGCACAUGCGGAUCCACACGGGAGAGAAACCAUUCAGCUGCAGCGAGUGUGGAAAAUCCUUCAACUGCCACAACAACAUGAUGCGACACAUCAGGAUCCACACGGGGGAAAAGCCCUACGUCUGCGCCAAAUGCUUCAAUGACUACUCCACCUUAAAGAGCCACCUGCGGGUUCACAUGCACAAGAAGCACCUCAACCGCGAUAACACAACCGAGAAAGAAAGUGGCAGCGACGGCAUGAGGAAGACCUGUGUGGCGUCUGUGGGACACAUUUUCGAUUCAGAGGAAAAGUUAAAACUUCACCUGAAAACUCACAAGAACAGGAAGGUCUGUGACGUGUGCGGCAAGUGCUUCGACAGCCAGGGGAACCUGGAGCUGCACAUGAGGAUCCACACGGGGGAGAAGCCGUUCCUCUGCAGCGAGUGUGGGAAGUCCUUCAACUGCCGACACAACAUGAUGCGACACAUCAGGACUCACACGGGAGAGAAGCCGUACCUGUGUAACAUGUGCGGACGCUCUUUCAGCGACCACUCCUCGCUGAAGCAAUACGGCAGCACGUACACCGGGGAGAAACCGCACCGCUGUGACGUGUGUGGGAAAGGCUUCCCCCGAAAGGCGUACGUGAGGCUGCACAUGAAGAGUCACACCACUGCUAAAUGA